UUGUCAGGUGACACUUACAUGCGAGGGUCGGAACUGCUGAUAAUCUGUCUGGGAACAAACAUUUGGAAUCUGGAGUUGUAAACAGUCAAACUUGCAAUGGUCCUCAGUGUUUGGGGUUUUGUUUUGUUGCCAUGGUUUCUGGUGUCUGCAUCUGACCCCUGCCCUGCGCCACCACCAUGCACGUGCGACGACUACGCCAUCAGGUGCGAUGGGAAGAACCUCACCAAAAUACCGUCCUUCUCCCCUUCUCCUAAAAUGUAUCAUGAGGUCAGACUGUCCUACAACAACCUCACCGCCAUUCCUGCUGACGCCUUCUCCAAAGUCAAUGCAAUAACAAUCGAGAUCCAGCACAACCCGUCUCUGACGAACAUCCACCAGUUUGCUUUUCGUGGUCUGCAGCAUCUUCACGAGCUCCGACUUGACUCCAACAACAUCAGUGUCUUGGCGCCAGGAGCCUUCUCCGAUCUCCAGUCCCUGACAAUGAUGAGUAUCUCUCACAACCGGAUGACCAAGAUGCGGAAUGGAACGUUCGUCAAUCUCCCGAAACUGGAGUUUCUUUUUCUGAACAAUAACAAUUUGACUGAAAUUGAAACCCAAACGUUUGUGAAUUCAAGUAAUAUUGGAUUUAUUAACCUUGCCUACAACUCCCUCGAGACUUUGAACUACAGUGUCGUCUGCCACCUCGGACGUCUGACCGCAAUCAACUUGAAGGAAAACAAACUUAUCUGUUCUUGUUCGCUCAGCUGGCUGGAGCGAUGGCGGGAGGUUCAAGUUAUGACGCAGGCCGGAACACACCAGGUCUACGGGUUUUGCAGACGACAGGAUAUUAGCUUUGACUUAGAUCUGUUAUUCUAUGAGUUCCAUUGUGCAGACAUUGAAAAGUGUCACCCCGAGGCUAAACUUGUGGGAUGAUAUGCAUGACCGAGGCUGCAGAUAAUUUUCAGCAUCAGGAGUACGUACUCCUUAUUAUUUUAAUAUAGAAAUACUGGCAAAACUAGAGUAAGUUAGAGUACUGAAUGGAUUUUAGAUAUGCACCACAGCAUUGGUGCUCUCGAACAGACAGGUCAAUAAACAAUUGUUAAGA